AUGGCAGACAGCUCUCAAAGUUUGAGCUACCAAGUUGGAGAAGCCAAGGGCCAAGCACAGGAGAAGGCGAGUAAUGUGAUGGAUAGGGCGAGUGAUGCAGCCCAAUCAACUAAGGAGUCAUUACAAGAGGCAGGACAACAGAUGCAGGCUAAAGCACAAGGUGCAGUUGAUGCGGUCAAAGAUGCUAGUGGCAUGAAGAAAUGA